GCCGCCCGGCCUUGCAGCUUUCCCCGCCUCCUGGCCCGCGGGGAGGGACAGACCCGCCCUCCGCCGAGAGUGAGCGGCGCCCGGGCCGCCGUCCGGGCGCGCGCAGCCAGCGGGCGCGACUAUGCCAAGAUGGUCCUGCAGGCGCGGAACAAGCACCGCGACGCGGCCCCCAAGCCGCCCCGCGCCUCGCGGUCGCCUCUGAGGGGGGCGCUGGGCGCCGGGGACCCCGGGCCCGAGCGUGCGCCCGCGUCCCCGGGGCGCAAGGGCGCCGCGGGCAGGAAGGGGCCCCGCGCGGAGUCUGCCUCACCGCCCUCCGGGGGCGGCCUCGGGGGGCGCCUGGCGGCCGGGCUGCGCGGGGCGCUGGGCCUGCGGCGCGCGGGGCGCGGCCGAACCUGGACCACGCUUCUGCUAGCCGCCUGUGCCGCCGUAUUGCACUGGAGCCACAUAACCCACCUCUUCGAGAAUGACCGCCACUUUUCCCACCUCUCAACCCUGGAACGGGAGAUGGCCUUUCGCACUGAAAUGGGGUUAUAUUACUCCUACUUCAAGACAAUUGUGGAGGCGCCCUCCUUCGUGAGUGGAGUGUGGACGAUUAUGAACGACAAGCUGACCGAGUACCCGCUGGUCAUUAACACGUUGAAAAGGUUCAAUCUCUACCCUGAGGUAAUCUUAGCCAGCUGGUAUCGAGUUUAUACCAAAAUAAUGGACUUGAUCGGCGUUCAAACCAAGAUCUGCUGGACGGUGACCAGAGGAGAAGGACUCAGCCCGAUCGAAAGCUGCGAAGGAUUGGGAGAUCCGGCUUGCUUUUAUGUUGCCGUCAUUUUUAUUUUAAAUGGACUGAUGAUGGCGUUGUUCUUCAUUUAUGGCACAUAUCUAAGCGGCAGCCGCCUGGGAGGCCUGGUUACCGUGCUGUGCUUCUUCUUCAACCACGGGGAGUGCACCCGCGUGAUGUGGACGCCGCCGCUCCGAGAGAGCUUCUCGUACCCGUUCCUCGUCCUGCAGAUGUUGCUUGUCACUCACAUUCUCAGGGCCACGAAACUCUACCGAGGCAGCUUGGUCGCCCUGUGCGUGUCCAACGUGUUCUUCAUGCUGCCGUGGCAGUUCGCCCAGUUCGUGCUUCUCACCCAGAUUGCAUCAUUAUUCACAGUGUAUGUUGUGGGAUACAUUGAUAUAUGCAAAUUACGGAAGAUCAUUUAUAUACACAUGAUUUCUCUUGCACUUUGUUUUGUUUUGAUGUUUGGAAACUCAAUGUUAUUAACUUCUUAUUAUGCUUCCUCUUUGGUGAUUAUUUGGGGUGUACUGGCAAUGAAACCACAUUUCCUGAAAAUAAAUGUAUCUGAACUUAGUUUAUGGGUUAUCCAAGGGUGUUGCUGGUUAUUUGGAACUGUCGUUCUCAAGUAUUUGACAUCUAAACUCUUCGGCAUCGCCGAUGACGCUCACAUUGGCAACUUGCUAACGUCAAAAUUCUUCAGUUACAAGGACUUCGAUACCUUGUUGUACACGUGUGCAGCAGAGUUCGACUUCAUGGAAAAGGAGACCCCCCUGCGGUACACGAAGACUCUGCUGCUUCCAGUGGUUCUCGCCGUGUUCAUCACGAUCGUCAGAAAGAUUGUUAGUGACAUGUGGGGUGUCUUAGCGAAGCAGCAGACACACGCAAGGAAACACCAGUUGGACCACGGAGAGCUGGUCUAUCACGCCUUGCAGCUGGUGGCGUACACGGCGCUGGGCGUCCUCAUCAUGCGGCUGAAGCUCUUCCUGACGCCGCACAUGUGCCUGAUGGCGUCGCUGGUCUGCUCGAGGCAGCUGUUUGGAUGGCUCUUUUGCAAAGUACAUCCUGGUGCUGUUGUUGUUGCUCUGUUAGCAGCGAUGUCGAUACAAGGUUCAGCAAACCUGCAAACCCAAUGGAAUAUUGUAGGGGAAUUCAGCAAUUUGCCACAAGAAGAACUUAUAGAGUGGAUCAAAUAUAGUACUAAACCAGACGCAGUGUUUGCGGGGGCCAUGCCCACCAUGGCGAGUGUGAAACUCUCCGCACUUCGGCCCGUGGUGAAUCACCCACAUUAUGAAGAUGCGGGUCUGAGGGCCAGAACGAAGAUCGUGUACUCCAUGUACAGCCGGAAGGCAGCCGAGGAAGUGAAGCGGGAGCUGGUGAAGUUGCAGGUGAACUACUACAUCCUGGAGGAGUCCUGGUGCGUGCGCAGGUCCAAGCCCGGCUGCAGCAUGCCCGAGAUCUGGGACGUGGAGGACCCCGAGAACGCCGGCAAGCCCCCGCUGUGCACCCUCCUGGUGAAGGAGUCCGAGCCGCACUUCACCACGGUGUUCCAGAACAGUGUUUACAAGGUCCUGGAGGUCAUCGAGGAGUGA